AUGGGCUCCGGAGGAGGCGAGUCGACAGUCCGGGGGAACUCGGGUGACAUCGGAUUCUCUCGGGAAUGCAGGCGUCGGGGCCUUCCGGGAUUCUUUGGAGGCGAGGGGGAAGCCAUGGACAAGCGUGUGUGGUCGGGAACAGACCUCCUCUCCCUGCUGUGUUCCCGCAUGGGCAACCUCACCUUCCAGAUCACCCCCGACUCCAACAAGGACAGUGAGAGCAUCCAGAUGGGCCGCGAUCUCAAGCUCUCGUGUCACGUGGACGCACAGCCCCAGGACAAGGUCAACUACACGUGGUACAAGAACGCUGCGCUUGUCUACAACUCGGACAGCUUGAUCGUGCUGCGCAGCGACCCGGACAUGGCACCGGGCACCAGUAGCCUGGAGAUCGUGGACAUGAAGUUCCGUGACCAGGCCACCUACAGCUGUGUGGCCAACUUUCCCGGGAGCACAGUGCCCGAGCUGAGGGUAGACGUCAACAUUACCCAGAGCAGCGUCACUCCCCCGAUUUUGACGGUGCCGGCAGGGGGCCAGGUGGUGAGCGUGAGGGAGGGAGGCUCUGCCGACCUGGUGUGCCUGGUGGAUGGCAAGCCCCGUCCGCCUGUGCUCUGGUCGCGCGCCGACAAGGACCUGCCUAUGCCCACGGGUGAGUGGGUGGUGGAGACACGCAACGGGCGCCUCCGGCUGACCAACGUCACCCGCGACCUGAUGGGCUCCUACCGGUGCCAAACGGCGCCCUACAACGGCCUCAACAUCAAGCCACGCCAGGCGCAGGUGCAGCUCAACGUGCAAUACCCUCCAGUCCUGGACCCAGUCUUUCAGGAUGUCCGUUCACCCAACUACCAGUUUGUGACGCUGCGCUGCCUCAUUCAGAAGUCCAACCCGGCACGCGUGGCCAGUGUCCGCUGGGUCCGAAACGGCGUGCCCCUGUCCUCCCUGACCACGGACCCCCAGGAGAACCUGCAGCUGAAAUUCAAGCUGGACCCCAGCAACAAUGGCACAUACGAGUGCCACGUCAGCAACGGCGUGGGCACCUCCACCUGCACCUUCAACGUCUCGUCCCGUCCAUACAACGCAGAGUUCUACUUUGAUACGCCCAACCCCAUCCGAAUUCUGAAGGUCAACAACUACUCCUACAACCUCCAGUGGACCCAGAGAGAGCCCGCAGCUACAGACCGCAUCAUUGGCUACUGGGUCAACGUCCGCACGAUUAAGCAGAACGACAAGAUGAACCAGGUGAACCUGUUCUCCAAGCAGAUCGACAAGAAGGAGCCGGUGAAGGGCGGCCUCAUGUCCUACACCCUGACUGACCUGAAGAUCCCUGUCUCCUAUGAGAUCCGCCUGGCCCCCAUCACCACAUACAGCACCGGAGACUAUGUCAGUCGCACCAUCCAGUACUCGGAGCCCUACAUUUACCCUAGACCUUCAGACCACGUCUGUGGCUUUGAGGACGAGCGCAUCUGCGGUUUCUCGCAGGACCGGGGCGACAAUUUUGAUUGGACUAGACAGAACCACCUGACCCAGAACCCCAAGCGCUCAUCCAAUACUGGCCCAGAGAUGGACAGGAGUGGAAACAAAGAAGGUUACUACAUGUACAUCGAGGCCUCUCGUCCCCGAGUCGCUGGCGACAAUGCCCGUCUCCUGUCCCCUCUCUACAACGUUACCGCUGCCAGAGGCCCCAAGGGCUCCGGUCGUCUCCCCUACUGCGUCUCGUUCUUCUAUCACAUGAAGGGCAAGCACAUCGGUUCCCUGAAAGUGUGGCUGAGGGUGAAGAGCAUCGCCUCUGUGGACACUCUGAUCUGGACCCUGGAUGGGAACCAGGGUCCUGACUGGAACCAGGCCAACAUCAUCGUCAACCCCAGCGGACCCUUCCAGGUGAUGUUUCAGGCCAUUCGGGGAUCGGGCUAUGAAGGGGACAUUGCCAUCGAUGAUGUCUCAGUCACCAAAGGGAAAUGCAAGCAGGAGAACUCUGUCUCCAACACAGUUCUGAUUGGAGAAGCCCCAGGUCUGCACUCGCUCCCAUUGGCCGCCUCGCUGACCUUCGCCCUCUGUUUGUAUCUACUGCUGCUCUACAGAUGAUGAGCACAACACACAGCAUCCCCUGUCUGCCGAGACAGGCUACUGCCCCGACUCGCGCUCUCUUCUUCUCUCCCUGUGUCCCUCGCUACCUCUCCCCACUCCCCUCCCUUCCUCCUCUCACCUUCUCCAUCCACCUUUUAGUUUUCAUCUCCACCCCUGUUUUCGAUGACAAUCCAUGCUUCACUUCUCCCAUUCCACCCUGGCUAUGCUUGUAACUCUUUGUAACUGACUGUCGCUUGAUUGAUUCUCUCUCUCUAUCAUUCUCCUUUUCCACACUCACACCUUUAUGCUGCUGUGUUUUCCAGCCAUUCUCUCUUUCAAACAAUCAGACUAUUUUUGACUGAGGCAAAGUCGCACACUCAAUGACCUGACCUUUGACACCCAAUAUCACUCAAUCCACCCCUCACAGCAAACAUACUUAAUUCUUCUAUUCACUCUCACUCAUUCUUCCGUCACCCCCCUUUACUCUUUCCAACUCCCUCCGGCGACCACCCAUAUCCCUGACACACCAAAGUGUCGGACACUCUACCAAAGAUGAUGAAGAACCUGAGGAAAAAAGGGAAAGGAUGGGGGAGGGGAGGGGUUGAGAAUAAUAGGAUGACGAGGGAAGGGGGGGUUCCCCCCCUCCUUAUUGAACCCUCCCCCUCACCUCCUUGGGUUGGGUGCCAGAGAGCUGUCGAUCACGACGGCAGAUUGAGUGACUGACAGACGAAGGAGGCUAGGAAGGAAAGAAGGAAGCAGAGAAGUUCCCACUUGCCUCUUCUCUACCGGUCGUGGCCGUAGAUGACUUGCGUUGGAUUGUACGUGUACAUUUCUCUAUAUAUGAUAUAUUACAAAAGUUUAAAUAAAUAAAAAUUCUGAAAAACACUCAUGGACAUGAGCGACGUUACAGGCUAUGACAAAGCGAAACUACAGAAGCACAAAUUUAUACAAUCUACUCCCUUUUAUUUGGGGUUUUCCUCUGUGUGUUGUUGCUGUAUGUCCUCCCAAUCGAAGUUAUGGUACACUUUGUGUUCUUAGGGUUUUUUGGGGGGCGGAUGUGAAAAAAAGGUACAAGGACUGCUGGAGGAUGGCUUAAGGCGGGAGUGGUGACGUUUAUGUGGAAGAGAUGGGUGGGGAUGUGUUGGUUGGUACCUAUGACACCCUUCGCCUAUAGCCCACUUGAGCACUGGUGUUAGGGUUGGGCCAGUCACCUCCAUUAUGCCCACCACCACCCUCUCCACCCACAAAACAACUUGACAGAGACUAUGACUAGCCUCCCCGACUCACUCACCCUAGCCAGCCACAUCCCCUAUCAGCAAAGUCCAGCCAAUAACAGCAUCUCUCGGACUUCCUGCGGUCUACGGACAAUGGACUUCCUGGAUCCUGUACAAGGAGAAAGUGGAGGUGGAGCGUGACUGAAAUCAAUUGCGACAACUACAUCGAUACGCAUCAUUUAAAUUAAGCUUGGAUGUAGUAUAUUGGGGGCAGGGAGUCGAAAUCCAAGAGA